CCUUCCCACAGCUGCCCAGCAAUGUUUGUCUCCACCCUUUAGAAGCCUGAAUUUAUUUUUGCUCAUUUCUUGCACGUGCACCUACCCUACUAGGCAAGGCUUCUUUUUGCUGCCUUCCCUCAUCUGAUGGGGAGUCUCUUUCAUGUAACUUAGAAAGAGUGCCUGGGGACUCUUGAGUUCUUCUAAAUUGUGAACCAGUAUUUUAUGCAAUCGAUAGGGCAAUUCAUGACUUUGGAGGUGCAAAGCAUAAAGAAGGGGGGGAAGUUUAACUUAGAAAAUAAUCUUUUUACUCUAAUAAUUGUUGCAGUGGUUCUAGUUGGGACAAUAGCUUGUAAAAAUACUGAAAAUAUUAAGAAACUGAAGAACUUUUUAGGUUAGAUGAGUACAGAUGAAACAACUGCCAUGUAUUAGGAAUCUAGAGUGCAGAUAUGUAGGGACAAAGAGUGAAGGGGAAAAGCUCAAUGUUUUUAAAUUUUUAAAGAGAAGUUACCAUGUAGCAUAUGCUGACACAUACAUCAUGAAUAAUUUAGGGUGUGGACAGUGGAGAGGGCAGCCAGCUGUACCUUCUGAGCCAGCUGCUGCUAACUGAUAAGCUCGUACAGAAGAGUUGCACUAGGAGGAAGUAGCAGUAAUCAUAGUUUGUGGUUACAAGAUUAUGGGUCAUUGCCGGGAAGCUGGAAGGAUAAACAGCAGAUCAGCAUCCUUGGCAGUAAGAGCACACAACAAAACAGAAGAGGUCUUGAAAAAUCUCCCAAGUUUAAACUGCCACCAAGAUGUUCACGAAACAGUGACUCCAGUCAUGCAGUCGCUUUCUUGUGUCUGCUAAGCUGCUCACUGUUAACUGUCAAAGCAGGUGGUGGCAGGAGGAAGCUUAGUUGUACCCUUCUGUCUUCCAAGUUACCCUUCGUGGCUAUGACCGGCUACAGAGGACUCCAAAAUCCUUUCUUACAGGCUGCUGUUGCCUUUGUGCCUCUCUGCAGUCCUAGUGGUGAUGAAACAGCUCUUCCAUGGAGUUGUGAUGCUUUUGGCAGCUAUCAAAGAGGCAGUUAUGAAACAGAGGACAGGCAUUAUGUUCAGGAGCUGCAGAGCUGCCAUACAGAUGUGCUGUACUAUCUCAAGGAUCCGUACUAUAGAUUUAAUGACAUGAUGUACAGAUGGAUCUCACUGGAUAACUGGACUUAUAGCAGGUCAUUCCAAACUCCUUUUGACAUCAGAAAGUGGCAGAAAGUGAAUUUGGUUUUUGAGGGAUUGGAUACAGUAUCAGAGAUCCUGAUGAACAAUAUAACUCUUGGGAGAACAGACAACAUGUUCAUCAGAUAUAGCUUUGAUAUUACCAGCGUGAUCAAGGAGGUCAAUUUUGUUGAAGUCCGUUUUUUAUCAGCCAUUUCAUAUGCAGCAGAGCAGAGCAGGUAUCACAAAGCAUACAGCAUCCCCCCAGCGUGCCCUCCACCUGUGCAGAAAGGAGAGUGCCAUGCUAAUUUCAUCAGAAAGGAACAGUGUUCAUUUAGUUGGGACUGGGGCCCUUCUUUUCCCACUCAAGGAAUCUGGAAAGAUGUUAGGAUUGAAGCCUAUAACCAUUAUAACCUGAUUUACUUUUCUGUGUCUUCUUUCUUUGUAAACAGUGCUCAGCUGUGGAGUCUUGAAAUUGAGUCUAUUUUUGAUGUAGUCAGCUCCAAGCCAGUUGCAGGUCUUGUGACUGUGAGCAUACCUGAACUGCAAACGCAGCAAACAUUCAGUGUGAAGCUUCAACCUGGAGAAGGCAGCAUUGUGCUGCUUGUAAACAUCAACAAGAGUUCUAUAGUGGAGGCUUGGUGGCCAAAUGGACAUGGAAAGCAAACCGGAUAUGACAUGAUAUCAACUUUCAUCUUGGAGCCAGGAUACCAGAUUGAGAAAUUUUCAAAGGCUUAUUUUCGGACAGUAGAACUUGUUCAGGAGCCUAUUCCUGGCUCACCAGGUCUGAGUUUCUACUUCAGAAUCAAUGGCCGACCCAUUUUCUUUAAGGGCUCGAACUGGAUUCCAGCAGAUUCUUUCCAGGAUAGAGUGACCAGUGACACAUUAUGGCUACUCUUGAAGUCUGCAACAGAUGCUAACAUGAAUGCACUACGAGUCUGGGGAGGAGGAGUCUAUGAACAAGAUGAAUUUUAUGAUAUUUGUGAUGAACUAGGAAUAAUGAUCUGGCAGGAUUUUAUGUUUGCAUGUGCACUAUAUCCAGCUGAUGGCAAUUAUUUAGAAUCUGUAAGAGCAGAAGUUUCUCAUCAGGUAAGACGUUUAAAAUCCCAUCCAUCCAUUAUUCUGUGGAGUGGUAACAAUGAAAAUGAAGCAGCAAUUGCAAGCAACUGGUUCUCCAUACCUUAUGCUGACAGGGAAGUCUAUAUCAAAGACUACGUGACGCUUUACGUGAAAAACAUCAGAGAAAUAGUUCUUACUGAAGAUAAGAGUCGUCCUUUUGUUGCAUCCAGUCCCACCAAUGGCUUGGAGUCAGUUAAAGAAGGUUGGCUCUCUCAGAAUCCUUAUGAUACCCACUAUGGUGACACUCACUUUUAUGACUACAGCAGUGACUGCUGGAAGUGGACAGUGUAUCCUAAAACUCGUUUUGCUUCAGAAUAUGGAUUUCAAUCCUGGCCUUCCUUCAGUACAAUUGAAAAGGUUUCCUCCACUGAGGACUGGUCCUACACAAGCAAUUUUUCUCUCCAUCGACAACACCAUGAAAAUGGCAACGAUCAGAUGCUUCAGCAGAUUGGGCUUAAUUUCAAGCUUCCCCGGAGCACAGAUCCCAUAAAGAAGUUCAAAGAUACAAUUUACCUGACUCAGAAACUGGCUCAACUGGGAGAAAGUGUAGCUGCAUGUUCUACCUUGGUUGGUCCCUUUCCCCAGCUGGGCCCGCUCAUGAAGCUGUCUGGGGAUGCAAGGGAGUGCUGGCCUUCCAUAAUACACCAUUGUUCCAAGUGCUGCACUGUUACUCCCUGUUUCAGGGUGAUGCAGGCUCAAUGUAUAAAGACUGAAACUGAAUUCUAUCGUUUUAGUCAAAGUGAAAUAAUCAAGGGAGAAGGACACACAAUGGGAGCUCUGUACUGGCAACUCAAUGACAUUUGGCAGGCACCUUCAUGGGCUUCCUUGGAGUAUGGUGGUAAGUGGAAACUGCUCCAUUAUUUUGCCCAGAACUUCUUUGCACCACUGCUGCCUGUGGCCUAUGAAGACAAAGGCUUGUUGAACAUUUACGGUGUCUCAGAUUUUCAUGUGGACCACCCGGUGACUUUGAGGAUCAUCGUGCACAGCUGGAGUUCUUUGGAGCCAGUCUGCACCCUUGCCGAAGACAAUGUGACUGUUAAAGCACAAAGUGCUGUCCCCAUCUACAAGGAGUCCAUAAGUGACUUGCUGGAAAGAUGUAGGAAUUGUACCAGGAAAAGCUGUGUUAUUACUUUCUGUCUUGUUGGAGAAGGUGGACUCCAGAGUCCUGUGAACCAUCACUUCCUUUCAUCUCUAAAGGAUGCUGUAGGAUUAGAAAAGCCCCAACUUAAUGCCUUUAUAUCUCAACAAGAUGACCUUUAUAUAUUUGUUCUUAAGACCACUGCAAUUGCUCCUUUUGUUUAUCUGGAUGUGGGAAGUAUAAAAGGCAGAUUCAGUGAUAAUGGUUUCCUCAUGACUGAAAAGAAGAAAGUGGUUGUGUUUUAUCCUUGGGAACCUACCAGUGUUGAAGAACUAGAAAAGUCACUAACCUUGACCUCUCUGGUGGAUGUUGACUGAGGAUAUGUCAUUUCCUCCUAGAUAAGGAGUGAAACAGAAAGAAGAAAAACUUCAAAUAAUUUGAGUAAAGUUGAAGCGUCGUACAAUUUGAACUGACUGAAUAGCAUACUGUCAAUUCCUAUUGUGUGAAUUUUAAGUGCUGGUUCAAUGUAAAAAUACCAACAGCAAAGCUUGUGUAUAAUAUAUGUGAUGCAUUGAAAGUGAAGCGUUCUCAGGUAAUGGAAAAAAUAUAUCCCAUAUCUAAAAUGGGAGGGGUGAGCUGGUGCAAGAGAGCUAGUCUGAGCUCUCAGGUUCUCAUGAAAUCAAUUAUUGGGUUGUGAAUACAUCCUAAGAGGCAACAGAAAUAUCUACCUCUAGACUAUGGUUGCAAAAAUCUGUAUUUUUUCCAGUUUCACUGUGCUGUAAAUGGAAAUUAAUUUUAGGACAGCAAGAAGGUAUACUGUAGGCAUGGGGGGGGGGGAAGAGCAGGCAGUGAAGCUGGUAUGACUUCCACAGAUACGCUCUCACUCCACUUGGAGUGGGUUGAACUAUCUACAGCCAGAUCAAGAGACCAGUACUCCUGUACUUGGAGAUCUACAGCUGUUAGUCUGUUGGGUGUCCUGUCUGCCUCCUGCAAGGUAUGCUUCCAAACAGACAUGGAACCUGGGCUGCCUAGUCAGAUAUCAGGCAGUUCUGUUUCCCCUUCUGAAAGGGGAAUUGAGUCCAGGACUUGUUUUCUUCUCUCUUCAUAUGCAACAUCGAACAAUAACCUUGAGAGCUCUACAUCUAGCUUUGUCUCUUCCCAGAGGGCUGCAGGUGCAGUCAGAAACCUUUUGCUGUUGCAUGGGAUCCUGUACAAGAUAUGCCUGGCCAUGGGAAAAGGAAUGGGGUGAAGAGUUGACAAAGGUGCAAAGAGAAGGGAGGCAGUACAGAGAAGAAAUGGUCAGGAGAGGACCACAGAGUUAAAAGUGACUUAUUUUUCACUAGUAGGUGCAUAGUGCAGGGGCUGCUGUUCUCACUCAAGACAUUUCUGCUCAGCCGUUCUGCUACCUUCUCGUAUUCCUGUGUUGCUGUGUGCUCCACACUGAUACUCCUGUCCUUCCAGAGGAGGAAUUGACCUAGCUUUAUCAGGCAAAUUACAUCAUAAUUCUGAUGUGGGUUUUGGGUUUUGUGUGUGCAUGCUACCUUUUAAAAUAUGGACAUUAACAAAGGAAAACCUCAUCAUCUAAAUUUUGCUUCUUUGAUGAGCAUGACAACUCAUGGUAUAGAAUAGCCCCUUGGUCAGCUGGGGUCAGCUGGCCCAGUUAUGUCCCCUCCCAGCUUCUUGUACACCCCCAUCAACUCCCUGGUAGGGUGGGGUGAGAAGCAGAAAAGGCCUUGAUCUUUGUAAGCUCUGCUCAGCAGUCACUAAAUAAUCUGUGCAUUAUCAGCACUCUUUUCAGCACAAACCCAAAACAUAGCCCCAUACUAGAUGCUAUGAAGAAAAUUAACUCUAUCCCAGCCAAAACCAGCACACUGGAGUUUGCAAAGAUAAUCUUACUGUUCAAGCAAGUAUUAAUUUUACUGCAGAGCACCCAGCAGAAUCCCCACUUUACUGCAGAAGGUGUUUGAACAAGCUCUACUGGUGGUGUCCACUGUCCUAGAAAAGCACCAUGUGGCUGAUGGUUGCUGGUGGUGCUGAGGAUCUGGAGCAUGUGUGGGGAGGGCAGCUGAGUGUCCCGCCGGUUAGUUAGAGAAGUUGGAACUGAGGGUUGUUCUUUUGUAGUGAUCACAGUUUUGAUGGUCCCAUUGACCGAUGCUUGGCAAUCUCUGGUACUUCUGGAAUUGGGUGCUAACCAAAACCAACAUACUCCUGAGCAAAAGGAAAAACUUAAAGAUGAAAGGAAAAUGAUACAUGGAAGGUGCUUACAAGUGCUUUAUUAGGUAUCAAAACAGCUAACUGCAGUUGCAUAGGAGGGCUUUUCUGAUUCAAAAUUUGUCUUAGUUGAAAGAAAACAUGAAAGUAAUCAAAAUGUAUAUGUGCCCAUGUUUACAGAUUCUAUAAAAUAAACAGGGAAAAUUAUAGUAAUUAAUAAAACUUGAAAGUUAGAAAAUGCAGACGUUGAUAAAGGAAUUUAAAAGAUAUCAGGGAGGCAUCCUGGGCCAACAGUACAGGAAAAAUCUUAGUUUUUUGUGUGUCCUGGAAUUGGAGUGGGAUGAAAGCAGCAAUCUAAGUCAAUCUAAGGUAAGGAUGGAAAAGUGGAGAAAAUUUGGAAUAAAUAUGAUUAAUAAAUAUUACUACAGUGUAUUAUAAAAAGGGCAGUUUGGUUUAUGUCUUUCUCUGACCUUGAUGUGGAAAUGUCUCUUCCAGCAGCAUCGAGGUAGAAUUUCAAAAUUAACAAAUAAUGUUAAAUAAAUAACAUUUUGACAAUUUUUUCAAAGCAAAUAAAGAUGACUUCUGAAGGCAAA